CUAAACAUUGUCGUUUCGGGUUACGCGGGAAUAAGUGCAUACAUAACACAAGUUGUUAUUCAAAAUGUUGUUAAAAGUACUAGGCGUUUGCCUAUUGGCAGCUGUCAGCCAGGCGAUAUUUCCGCUACACCAUCACCACCAACCAAUAAUUCAUCAUCCCGCAAUUUCCCACCAAGAGUACGAGAAGCACGACGGUCCCCACCACCCAAUACCAAUACAUCAUGUACCAAUCCACCUGCCACCGAUUCAUCACCAUGCCCCAAUUAUUCACCACGCUCCAAUUCAUCAUAUUCCUCAUUAUGAUCAUUAUGCUUUCCCAGAGUAUAAAUUUUCUUACUCCGUGCAUGAUCACCACACUGGAGACGUGAAGUCUCAACAUGAAGUAAGGCAUGGAGACAUUGUAAAAGGAGGUUACGAGCUCGUAGAGCCUGACGGUAGACACAGGAAGGUCGAAUAUAAGGCUGAUGAUCAUACAGGAUUUAAUGCUAUUGUACACCAUUCAUCGCCUCAUCAUCAUGUUCAUCUUGCGCAUCAUCAUCAUAUAUAGACAUUUUCAAUAUCACCGACCGAUAUCAUAAGGAUGUGAUACGCCACCUCGUCUAAUACUUCGGAAAGACUGACUAAAUCCUAUUUCUAUGCAGUUUUGUAAAAUAUUUUCAUAAUA